AGCUAGUAUUAUGAUCCGACUAAUAACUUGGCUGGGGGUUAUCUUAUUACCUAACAUCGUAUCAGCGUUCAAAUGUGUGAGUUCAGUGCAGACAUCCAAAGAAGCAGACUCAAUGAGUUGCAGCAAGUUUUACCUUUGUAACCAAGGCGUACCAGAGUCCCAGGAAUGCGGAGAACAGGACACAUUUGAUGUGUUGUACAGGAUGUGCCGCGCGGCUGAGGUCGUCAAGUCUUGCAGUUAUGCUCCACGUGACUGCUAUAUAGAGAAAGGGAGUGGGUUUGACUACCAGGGUAACGUGAGCGUUACAACUAGCGGACUUGCUUGUAUACCGUGGAGAGACUCACUUUACAGUUUCAACAGACACAAACUAUCAGAGAACUUCUGUCGGAACCCUAACCCUGAUACCUACGAUAAACCCUGGUGUCCUACAGAUGAUCCUAACGUACCUCAGGAGGAAUGCAACAUUCCUACAUGCUCAGGUUCGAGUGCCUCUUUUAACGGUCGAGGCUACCUAGCGUUCAACACAGGAACAGGAACAUCAACAAGUACUUACGACUUGGAAGCGAGCUAUGAAGAGAGAAUACUUAUGUACAUUAGACCUACUGAUACUGACACUAGUUCGGUGUUAUUCCAGAUGUCAUCAUUGGUAAAAAAGAAUCCUAGUUCUCAAUCCGAUGACCAGACAUAUUAUGUAAAGCUGUACAAGAAAGUGAUAACGGUGUACGCUUGGCUUGAAGCUGGAGGAACCAUGGCUAAGGCUAACACCUGGAUAGACCUAGCUGACGGACAAAGCCACAAGAUCGCCAUUGAGAGACGACUUAACAAAAUAUUCUUGAGAGUUGAUGAUGGUCCAGAGCAUUAUAGUCAGCUUCCUGGUCUGACUGACAAGUUUAUGCUGCCGAUGAGUGUGGAGGUCGGAAAGAGUUUUAAGGGUUGUAUCUCCAGUUUGGACAUCAUCACUAAAAACGCCCAAGGAAAAAGGCGCCACCACGAGCCGUUAGAUAAACUUGCGGGUGUAAGCACAGACGAACAAAUCUCAAUAUCCACCGAGGGGAGCUUUGAUGAUGGAUUUACAACGGGAUGCAUGCUCACUCCCAAGUUCUCAGAAAUAAUACUGGACACGAUGGACCCGACUACCCCGACCCCUACUGAGCCACCAACUAAUAACGGAACCGUAUCGGAGGUCUCCGGCAAAAGUAACAAAGAUCUAUUCAUCAUACUGGCGUGUGUAAUCGGUGCAGCCCUCAUAAUCCUGCUUGUCGUCCUGGUAAUAGUAUGCAGAUCGCGCAACAAGGACAAGGGUGUGUACAAGUUGAAGGAAACGAAACAGUUCGACUGGGAAUACGGUAACCUGCCACCAACCUCCAAAAACUCUUUAGUGCGCGAAAGUGAACAUGGAGUGUGAGACUGUUAAUGAGACGAUAGUUAAUUAUUAAUUAAUUAGUUAAUUGAAUGAUUAGAUGAUUGGUCAAUGAGAUGAUCGGUUGAUGUGUAAGAAACGAGGAAUGUGACGUGUCAGAAUUCUCCAGUGAAAUGUGAGUGAUGUGUGACGUCAUCAAGUGUGACGUCAUAAUUUGACGUCACCACGUGGUUAGACCUCGUGUACUCUUUGUGUAUAAACGAAAUAUUUUUAUGUAAUUUAUAAAGUUGACUUUUUAUAUAUGGAGCGCUGAGUCUCGCUGCGGUUCAAGAAUUUUAGAAUGAGAAAUUUGGUUAUGCACGAAUUUUGGGGUAAUUUGUUGAAGCGAAAAUAAUAUUUUCUUGUGUUUGACUGAGAUCACGGAAUAAGAUAUUUUAUUGUGUUUGACUUAUCACGAGAGAUUGCAUCGAAUUAGUUUGCUGUUAACGGGUUGACUUACAAAUAUAUUGACGUUUAUUGAAUUUUUUUAUGUUUUGACAAUUAGAAUUGAUGAAAUCUGAUGUUAAUUGACGAUGGAUGUUCGUUCGAGAUAAAAUGUUUUAAUUUGAGUUAUGAGAUCGUUGCAUUAACAGAAAUUCGAUUAUUUUAUUAGACGACCACCUAAACAUGGAAUCAUUUUAUUUACAAUUUAGCUUCUUUUAGAUUAGAGUCAUGGUUAAAAUAAUAAUACAUUUUUAUUUUAGAAUCGACAAUUUACGUUUUACCCGAUAAGUUAAACAAAUACCUAAUCAUCUUUAAACGUUUUUUUAUUUCAAUAUUGAUAUCGUUGCAAACUGUCAGCCGUUUUAAUUAAUUGUUGCUAGCAAUUUAGCGGACGUAUAAUAUUAAUUCCAGAUUAUUUGAAUGUGAGAUAUGUUUUAUGACAUUAUGUCACGUGAUGCCCAUAUAAGGAGAUAAUAUGUUUUGUUAACCCAUCAAGUUGUCAUGAAUACCCGAAAUAAGAGUGAAACUCUGCUUGAAAAUAGCCCCUUUUCUUGUUACCAGGAAAUGUUUGCUUCUCGGGAAUCAGAAACAUUUUUAUUGUGAAUCCUAAGACGAUGAAAUACCGACGAUAAUUUUAGUUCCUCGUUUUUGUUCGGUUUACUUGUUUUUCGUUACCUGACUUCAGAGCGAAAAUGCUUAACUUCUGUUGCAAUUUACCAUUAUUAUCAGGAUUACUUUCAAUGUAAAAUUUUAGAUAUCGCCAAAUAAUAAUUACAUUUCUGACCUUAUGAAAGAUAAUGACUGCAAUUCUACCUCCGCAUUUUUAGUCUUAAUGAUGAUAAUUUCUUGUCGCUGACUUGAGUUUUAAUUAAUAAAUAUCUAAUGUAA